GUCGCUUCCGCUUCCGCCUUUGCUGCUGCCGCUGCCUGAGGGGCCGGAGCCGGAGGCCGGAGAGCCAGAGUGCGGUCGCUGCGGAUCCAGUGCCAGGGCCGGGGGAUGGUGUGGGGCUCCCCAGGAUAAAGGUAGCAGUAAUGCUCACAUUGGCGAGCAAAUUGAAGAGGGAUGAGGGCGUUAAAGGAUCCCGUCCAUCUAGCGCGGUCUCGGACUCCACGCGGAGAGUGUCUGUGAGGGACAAACUGCUUGUUAAAGAGGUUGCAGAGCUUGAAGCCAAUUUACCUUGUACAUGUAAAGUGAAUUUUCCUGAUCCAAACAAGCUUCACUACUUUCAGCUAACAGUCACCCCAGAUGAGGGUCACUACCAGGGUGGAAAAUUUCAGUUUGAGAUAGAAGUCCCUGAUGCUUACAACAUGGUGCCUCCCAAAGUAAAAUGUUUGACUAGAAUCUGGCACCCUAACAUCACGGAGAUGGGGGAAAUCUGUCUGAGCUUGCUGAGAGAACAUUCAAUCGACGGCACUGGAUGGGCUCCCACAAGAACACUAAAGGAUGUUGUGUGGGGAUUAAAUUCUUUAUUUACCGACCUUUUGAAUUUUGAUGAUCCUUUGAAUAUUGAAGCUGCAGAACACCAUCUGCGGGACAAGGAGGACUUCCGGAAUAAAGUUGAAGAUUACAUUAAGCGUUAUGCCAGAUGAUGAAGGAUGGCAGGACCGUGGUUUUGCACCUCCAAGUUGUAUCUAUCACUUAAAAAAAAGAAAGAAAAAACAAAUAUUCCGCAUCCUCCUUCCCCACCCCUUUCAACUCCCCAUCUGCCCCACUGGCUUGUACACGUCCCGUGACCGUGUUGUACUGAAGAAGAGAACCUUCCCAACUGUCCAUUUUACAUGGAGAACUCGCAUAAAUACAGCAAGAACUUGUGUGUAUUUGGUUUAAAAAAGUUGUUUGCUUUAAAAUGUUUACUUUUCUGAACCCGUCCUGUAUAGCCUAUUGAUGAUAUUCUUGAGAAAUUUAAAGAGGUCGGUACCGAGCUAGAGCUGGCCUCGCCUUUGUGACGGCCACGCUGGGGGCGCCGCUCUGCUCAGCCCAGCGCUGAUGCUGCAGCGUGCUGUUCCUGCUGCCUGGAGGGCGGCCACGGCCUGCCUGGGGACUGCUGCACGGUGCAUGCCAGAGGGCAGAGGAUCGCUUGUGCACAUCUCCUCGUGAAAUGUUGAUGCUAUUUAAUGUAAGUAUAUUUUGGAACAAAUUUGUAAUUUAUA